AUGGUCAAUGUUGUGUUAGGUUCUCAGUGGGGUGAUGAGGGAAAGGGGAAGCUUGUAGAUUUGCUUGUGGGACAGUAUGAUAUCGUUGCUCGUUCAGCAGGUGGUAACAAUGCGGGACAUACGAUUGUCGUUGAUGGUGUUAAAUACGACUUCCAUAUGUUGCCUUCAGGAUUGGUUAAUCCACAUUGUCAGAAUUUGAUUGGUAAUGGUGUCGUAAUCCAUGUGCCAUCUUUCUUCAAGGAAUUGGAGCAAUUGGAAUCCAAGGGAUUGACGAACGCCCGUGAAAGGCUAUUUAUUUCUUCUAGAGCGCAUCUUGUUUUUGGAUUCCACCAACGUACGGAUAAGCUACGGGAGGCAGAACUGUCUGGGGCUUCUAAGGACGGCAAAAACAUUGGGACUACUGGCAAGGGCAUUGGCCCCACCUAUUCGACGAAAGCUUCUCGGUCUGGGAUACGAGUGCAUCACUUAGUGGGCGAUGAGCCGGAAUCCUGGGCCGAGUUUGAGACGAAGUAUUAUAGACUGUUGCAAACAAGACUGCAGAGGUAUGGUCCGUUUGAGUAUGACGCAGAGGAGGAGUUGGCUUCUUACAGGAAAUACAGGGAGCAGUUGAAGCCGUUUGUGGUGGAUUCUGUGGUGUUCAUGCACAAGGCGAUUAAGGAAAAUAAAAAAAUACUAGUUGAAGGUGCCAAUGCCUUGAUGCUUGAUAUUGACUUUGGCACAUAUCCAUAUGUCACUUCUUCUUCGACUGGCAUUGGUGGUGUGAUAACUGGUCUCGGAAUCCCUCCACGUUGUGUCAAUGAUAUAUAUGGUGUUGUGAAAGCUUAUACGACCAGGGUUGGGGAGGGACCGUUCCCUACUGAGCAGUUAAACGCAGAUGGUGCAAAGCUGCAGACAAUCGGUGCGGAAUAUGGUGUUACUACUGGCCGUAAGCGUCGUUGUGGCUGGCUUGAUUUAGUUGUGUUGAAGUAUUCCACUCUGAUUAACGGCUAUACAAGUUUAAAUAUAACCAAAUUGGAUGUAUUAGACACCUUUGAACAAAUCCAGGUUGGUGUUUCGUAUUCUAUUGAUGGAAAGAAGUUGGAUCUCUUCCCUGAAGAUUUGAUCACAUUAGGAAAAGUUGAUGUUGAAUACGUCACAUUUCCCGGGUGGAAGCAAGACAUUACGAAGAUUACGAAGUUCGCAGACUUGCCGCACAAUGCUAAAGACUAUUUAAAGUUUAUUGAAGAUUUCGUUGGGGUGCCAAUACAGUGGGUUGGUACUGGUCCAGCUAGAGACAGUAUGUUGUACCAAAAUGUGUCUGAAUAG